AGGACCGGUGUCUGCUUGAAGCCCGCCGUGAGGUAAAAGCAUAAAGCUGUAGUGCACGUUUGAAAAAAAAAACACACAAUGCGAAGCGUUCUCAGCGCGUGCCUUAUUCUUGGAUUUGUCUUCUUCACUGCAGCCGAUGAAGCGGAAGAUGUGUGGAAGCUCACGGAACAGAGCAUUCGUGAACGGGCUGGAACCGAGGCUCUUGCGGAGAGGAUACUUGGGGAGGCCAGGAUUGUCCAAAACUGCAGUCUCGAGCAUCCUGAGCAUGGCCUAGCAGUUCUUAGAAAGAUGUUUGUGAAAAUCGCCGCUGAAGGAACUGAGUGCGCCACGACAAAGUCUGGAAUCACAGACACUGCGGAAAGAGACAUUGCUAUCAAACGAUGUUUCAGAGAUGCAGCGGACCAUGCGAAGGCUUCGAUACCGCUUAUCGAGGAGGAAGCAGUGGUUUUCGACGCCAUAAGGGUCCUCCAGAAGAGCGUACCCUUCAUUGCAGUAUUUUGGGUGCGACCACAGAAAGUGUUGAUUGUCUCCUGCCUCACUGCAUACAGUACAUUUCGGCCAUUCGAUGCGUCCCGUCCUAACCAACCAUGCUGGCGUACGAGCAGAUCCUGUCCUUAGUGUCCUUACUCUAUA